AUGGCUUCUAAAUCUCAGUCUGGGUUCCGCGUACUCGUUGCCGGCGGCGGUAUAGCUGGCCUGACACUUGCCAACUGUCUGGAAAGAGCAGGUGUAGAAUACAUAUUGCUUGAAGUUCACGACAACGUCGCGCCUCGUGUCGGUGCCUCAAUUGGACUGCUACCCAACGGCUCCCGUAUCCUUGACCAAUUGGGAUGCUACGACAAGAUCCUUGAAGAAACUCAAGGCGUACGGAUCACCCGGUUUAAUUAUGCCAUCAGUUACCUGGAGCGCGAAACUGUUUUGCGAGUGCUGUACGAGAACUUGCAGGACAAGUCGCCCAUCCAAUUGUCGCGCCGUAUCAUGAAUGUAGAUCACAGUGGCACGGAUGGUGUUGUUGUGCAUUGCCAGGAUGGGACCAUCGUCGCGGGCGAUGUGCUUGUUGGUUGUGACGGGGUCAACAGCCUCGUGCGUCGAGAGAUGUGGAGGCUCUCGGAGCAUGGCAAGCCGCAAGCCACACCUGUGUCCGUUCGACAUGAUCUGAAGGCCGAUUUCCAGUGCCUGUUUGGGCUGUCGACAAGGACGCGGGGCGUCAACGCGGGCGAAAUGGAUGUUAACUUUGCUUCGGGCUUCUCGACAAUGGUGAUCGGCGGCAAAGAUGGGAGGGUCUUCUGGUUCGUCUUUGCGAAGAUGGACAAGACGUACACAUCACCCAACAUUCCCAAGUACUCGUAUCAAGAUGCCGUCGAAUUCGCAAACGAAUACAUGGACUUCACCAUCAAGGAUGGGCUGAAAUUCAGCGACCUGUGGCAGUCCAGAACGUCCGUCACACUUGCGGCAACAGAGGAAGCUGAACUGAAGGAAUGGACGUGGGGCCGUAUUGCCUGUGUCGGCGACAACGUCCACAAGAUGACGCCUCACAUGGGUGCCGGCGGCAAUGCAGCGAUGGAGUCUGCCGCAACCCUGGCGAAUGAACUCAGGAAGCUGGGGCAAGCUGCGGAGAAAACCAAAAUCGAUCUCGAAACGGUGCAGAUGCAUCUCGAAACAUACCAAAGGGGGCGGCGCGAUCGCACGAGCGCCGUGUGUGAAGCGUCAGCCCAACUGGCUCGGCUGCAAGCUCUUGAUUCGGUCGCAAACAAAAUAAUUGCAUUUUGGAUCCUUCCAACAGCCGGCGACCUGCUGGUUGACGUUAACUGCGACAUGAUUAUUGGAGCAGCCAAGCUGGACUAUAUUCCCACGCCCGAACGUUCUGUUCAGGGCACGAUGCCUUUCAAUCCCAGUCUGGGACUUGGCAAAGGCGAGUCGAAACUCAAGAGAGGCUUCGCAGGCCUCCCAUUACUUGCACUUUCUCUUUUCGGACCGUGGUUGGCCGAACCAUCGAACCUCGCCAUGAUUGACCAGCUCACGCCGCUUUUCUUGUCGUACGAUCAUGCCAGCAAUAGUGUCAGAGCUUGGCCAUAUACUGGUGUCUUGGCUGCCUCAUCUGGUCUAGACGUUAUGCGCUUCCAUCUUGAUUUUGGCAUCAUUUGUGCAGUUGUGCUUUUCGAGUCCUCCAGAAGGGCCAAUGUGUUGACGAUAUCUUCUCUGUGA